AUGUUUGGGUUGUUUAUCUUGCUCGUUUCUUCUAUAAAUGUAAAUGUACCAGGAUAUUAUACAACAGAAGUUUAUAACACAGGUAGUACUAUUGACUUCAAUCUUACAUUUUUCAAAAACUAUAAUUAUUAUAUUGCAUUUUGCAAAUACCCGGAUUCACUUACAAUUAACGAUCAUCAAUUAACAAGUCGUAUUUACAAAAUUGAAAACCUAGGAGCAUCUUUAAAUAUUUCAGUAUCCUCACCGUCGACUUUAUCAUUUGGCGUUUUCCAAGUUCCUUCCAAAGUAUACUCACUAGAAUUCUUAAUCUUACCUCCAGAAACAUCAUCGUAUUCAAUAGUAAAUAAAAAUCUCGGUGAAGAAAACUAUUAUUUGUUAAUCUUGAACGAUAAUUUAAUAGACAUUAAAAUAUCACAAGAAGUUAAUGAUACAAAUAUAAUUCAAUAUAGUGUAUCAGGCGAUCUUCAUGACUCAAAAGAUAAUAAUUCAUCAAUUCCAAAAACUAAAAUAAUAGCUAUCAAAUAUACUCAUAUCUUUCAUAGGGUAUCAAACACAACUUAUUUGAUCUCAACAAAUGCAAAUAAUAACACUUUUUAUGGCUUUGAUUCCAGAUAUCAUUCUCUUUUAUUCAACGAAUCAAUUAAAGUUGAAGAAAUUCCAGACAAUGAUGUUGUAACAAUAGUUUAUGGUCACCAUCAUUAUUCUCUUUCUAGUGAAAACCCUCUUACCAUUAAGAUUCCAAAUGGAACAGCUCUAGUUUUCACAAGAUCUUUAUAUGUAACAGGAGUUGCAAAAACAUAUGGAGAAUCGUUGAAUAUUCUUGGAUCAUCAAAUAUAACUGCUAUACAAUUUGCAAUCAAAGGUAGUCUCACAUUGGCAACAUAUAAAUCAAACGCAGAUUGUGAUUUUAUAGUUUAUAAUGUCUCAAAUGUAUAUUGCUACAAUUAUAUUGUUAUUUCAGGAAGUAUGAAAUAUAAAAUAAACAUAUCAAAUAGUAUGCAUUAUUAUUGUGUAUUCUCAGCUUUUACAACUGGGAAAUCCAUUAUUUCCCCGGAUCACGACUUUGUCCAUCAAUCUAUAAAUACAAAUGGAAAAAUGAAUUAUUAUGAUACUAGUUCUACAAUGAAAGUUUAUGAACCAGUUAUCACGAGGGUUGCUAACAGUUAUCACGAAAAUGAUAUUGUUACAAUUAAGAAUUCGGCAGCAUCUACCGAUGAAAAUUAUGUGAUUGACGGUAAUGUGUCAUAUAAUGCUUUUUAUGAAAUUGAUGGAUAUUUAGUAAAUAAACUCAAUGAUUAUACAUAUGGAGUCAUGAACAAACCAAAUUAUGAAGUAAUAUUUGGUGGUGUUCUACUUGCGGUUGGUUUUAUUAUUUUUGUUGGAAUUGUCUUCUUUACAAACCCCAAACGUAAAAGUAAAAUUGCUGAUUCGUCAUUAGAUGUUGCAUUAUUAAAUCCUGAUUUGGAUGAAAAGAAUGGAAAUAGUAAGCCAAUAAGAAAACCAUCUCAAAAGAAUCAAAAAUUAAAUUCAAAACCCAAAGAAAAUGUCUCCAAACAAACAAAACAAAAUAACCCAUAUUCACCAUCAAGUACAAUUCAGCAUAUAUAUUCUGCACCACCAUCAAAGGAAGACUAUGAUAAUCCCUAUGAUUAA